UUAGCAUAUUCUGUUGAGGAAGCAAGACUUGCCUUGAGGCAUAUUCAAUUUCCUCCCAUAGGAAGGAAUAGAUGAAUAGAAAAUAAAACAUUCUAUAGGCGGAGCUCUUUAAAGACUCGACUCCACACGUACCUGAUCACUUCUCUUCCAGCAACUCACCCAACAAAGAAAUAACCAGCCAAAAUGAUACCUGGAGGUUUAACUGAAGCCAAACCUGCCACUCCAGAAAUCCAGGAGAUUGCUAACAAGAUUAAACCACAGCUUGAAGAAAAAACAAAUAAGAAUUAUGAAGAAUUUGAAGCUGAAGAGUAUAAAACUCAAGUAGUUGCUGGAAUAAAUUACUACAUUAAGAUACGAGUAGGCGAAAAUCGUUAUAUUCACGUGAAAGUAUUCCAAAGUCUUCCUUAUCAAAAUCAGGAGUUGACGCUUUCUGGUUACCAGACUGACAAACGCAAGGAAGAUGAGCUGACUGGCUUUUAGCAGCGUGUUCCCAAGGUGAUCUGGUUCCUUCCACCGGCUACGGAGAAAUGAUCCUUGUUAAUAAAAUAUGCUCAUCAAUAAAGAAGAAUUCCUUUUCAAAUACCUUAUUUCUUGAAUUAUUUCUCAUUGUUGUAUUAAAUAAAAAUGACCUUUUCUAUC